UUUGGACCACCGGCAGCAUGGGUAGCACCGUGAGAAUCCUAUUAAUUGCCGCAGCGCUCCUGAUCCGCGCGUUUGGACAACAAACAUCCUUUUUGGACCAGCCUCCGAGUGAUUACUAUCGAAGAACAUCGAUGAAUGAUUGCCCUACAAGAUUCUAUUCAGAUCCAGAAAAAUUGAAUCGAACACACUUCGUUUACAAUGGCUUUCGCGUGUACCGUGGCGAAUUCCAGCACAUGGUCGCCAUCGGAUGGGUUCGGCCCAGCGGAAACAUUGAGUAUCUUUGUGGUGGAUCGCUGAUAACCGAUGACUUCAUACUGACUGCCGCCCACUGUACGGUUGACCACGAUAAUGGACCGAUCGGUGUGAAGCGGUUAACUGUGGGAGGUUUUGUAAUUCCUCUGGUGGUGGGCGUCGUAUCCUUCGGAACACCCUGUACCGCAGGAUCAACCGGAGUCUACACCAAGAUUAGUUCUUACAUCGAUUGGAUCGAACGGGAGGUAAACCAAACUCUAACCUACGGAGAAUGUUCGAAAGGUUUGACGUGCUUACGACCCAGAAAUUUGACCACAGUUGAUUUUGAAAGACACACCCCGUUCCAGCGGUUUGGUUUAAUCUGGGACGACACUGCGCCAUCCUUGUACGAAUGUGGUGCUACGCUGAUCGACUACCAGUAUCUGCUAACGUCCGCAUCCUGUGUCACAACCGAUCGUGGAGAUCCAAAGUACGUGUCUUAUGAUGGCAAAGAACGUAUCGCCGUAGAGGAUGUUUAUGUGUCCCCAAAAUAUAUUCGAGGACGUCCUGAAAACGACGUCGCUCUUGUGAAGAUCGUAAAGUUCACCAAUCCAAAGGUACAUCGCCCGUCCUGCCUUUGGAACCGCCGUACUGACGGCGAAUGGAAGACGGGCCCUAGGUUUAGGGCGUACGGACCAUCCGCCCCACUCGAGUUAAACAAUACGUUAGUUAACAAAACGAUUUCAAUUGACCCAAAGAAACAAACAACUUGUCAAGCUGAUGGCGGUAGUGAUUUAAUUCGCUGCCACCAUGAAGUCAACAUGGCACCUGGAGUUUGUUCGAUGGACUAUGGAGCAGCAGUGACCAAUGUUCGAAAAAUCGAAGAGGAUCCCAAUUACAUCUACGGCGUAAUAUCAUCGCUCAGUAAGGAUUGUGGAUCCGGCUUGAUCACAACGGACGUUACGCCACACAUCGACUGGAUUGAAUCGAUCAUCAUCCGGCGACGACACGAAAUGCUCACGUUUUCGAACUAGAGCGAGACGAAACGACGCAAAUA